UAAUAACACAACCUCAAAACUACUCUCAGAAGCCAGCAGAAGAAAAACACAACUUUUAGCAAAAUGUCAUGGAGAUAUGCGCUUCCCUAUCAAAGAUCUUACACUCCAAUCAGUGACAGAUACAGUACUCUGUACUAUCAGUCGCCCAGUCGUCUGGAGACAGCUGCCGGCACCUCAAGUGAACAUACCACAGGACGCCAAUUGCAACGAGUCCUCCACUACUCAAUGACACCAUGCAUGCAAGGACCCCUAAGAUCCGAAUGUGCCAUUCAUGACGUUGACUGUGAUGAAGUGUAUCCCGGUAUCUAUAUUGGUGAUGCAGCUUCGGCGAAAAAUAAAACUUUCCUGCGCAUGAAAGGAAUUACACAUGUCUUAAAUGCCGCCGAGGGUUGUCGUUACGGCCAAGUUGAUACAGGGCACAGCUAUUAUCGUGAUAUGCCAAGCAUAAGAAGAAACAACAAAGACACUAUUUUCAGGUAUAUGGGCUUCCCAAUGGUUGAUGCUCCGACGACAGAUAUUUCACGUUAUUUCUAUGUGGCCGCCAAAUUCAUUGACAACGCCCUGAGCAGUGGAGGUCGUGUUUUGGUGCACUGUUUGGUCGGUAUGUCCCGUUCGGCUACGUGCGUUCUUGCCUAUCUUAUGAUUUGCCGGAAAAUGACCGCCGUUGAGGCCAUUCGCAAAGUGCGCAUGCAUCGUGAUAUUCAUCCCAAUGAUGGUUUCCUACAACAAUUGGCUGAUCUUGAUAUGGAACUCAAGCGGAAAAAUCUAUAUCCCUAUUAAACCAAAAUCUAAAAAAAAAACCAAAACACAAAUCCCGAAUCAUACUUUAUAUUUAUAUUCUAAUAAUAAUUAUAAUUAUUACGAUAGACACAUAUUUAUGAUGAUAAAAUAAUGUAAAAAAUUGAAAUGAAAAUGAAAACCACAUAGUGAUCUAGUAAUGAGACCAUUUUAUUCGACCACUACUCAAAUGACUUCCAUGACGGACCCCAAAGAGGACAUAAUUGGACUGAAAACAAAUGAAUAAAUCCCAAGAACAACAAAAAAA